AUGCCUCUACAUCAUCUCAACAACAUAACCCUCGUCCCCUGCGACAAAUCCACAAUCCAAUCCUUCGAACGUCUAAACACUUUACUCCUACCAAUACCUUACCCCUCCACCUUCUACAAAGAAAUCCUCUCCGACCCUAUUGCCUCGGACUUGACUCUCCUAGCCAUUUGGCACGAUACUCCCUCUUCAUCCUCCACAACUCCCGGCAAAGUGAUCGGCGGCAUACGCUGUCGCAUCCUCCCUGACCCCUCCACUCAAGCAACUCCCAAAGAUAAAAUCCUCUAUAUUGGGACUUUAGGGGUGUUGAGUGCGUUUCGAGGGUACGGGGUUGCGAGUGCAUUGUUGGGGAUGUUGAUUGAGAAGGCGAUAAAUAAAUAUGGCGUCAAUGCUGUGGGUGCACAUGUUUGGGAAGCUAGUCCGGAGGCUAGGGAAUGGUAUGCAAAACGAGGAUUUAGAGAGACGCAUCUGGAACAGCACUACUAUCGUAGACUUACUCCGCAAGGGGCCUAUGUGUUGAGGAGGGAUAUUGGGCCGAGGGAUCUGCUGCAUACGCUAUGA